AUGAUUGGUGGCGAGUGCGGAAGCCAAAUAAGAGCGUGUAUAUUGCCUCAGCAUGUAAACAAAUUUGUACAAGGCAGGUACCACCAGCACAUAAUUUACAGCACGUUUAACAUAUUGGUAAAAACAUUACUAAUGUUUGGUUGACAGUUGGUGAUUCGUCUUACAAUUUAUCGGCACAAACAACUAAAAUAGAUAUAACGUUAGCUACCAACAGUACAAUGAUGAGCAACUCGUCCACCUCAAUGGCUCACACUCUCAGCUUCGGAUCUGUCCGUCAAAGCCCCCCGCUGACUUCAAAUUUUGCACUGACACAUGGAUUGUUGGAUUCAGCUGCCGACCAGUUAAUGGUUCAGAGGGAUUUCCAAGCUGCUUUCGACACAUGUGAGAGAGGUCUGGUGAGCCUUUUAAACGCGGAGCAAGAAGACAGCAGGUUUGGGGAGUUGAAGGCUGCACUCUGCAUUGUGGGGAUUCAAGCAUUGGCUGAACUCAAUCAGUGGCCUGGUGUACUGGCAUGGAUUCUGCAGCAUUAUGAGUGCCCUGAGAAAAUACCUGCCAAAAUAAUGCUGAUGUGCAUACUCCUCUACACCAAAGUGGGUGAGCAAGCUAUGAUGCAGGAGGCAGGCCAUGUUUGGCUGUGCUGCCCAUCCAAUGGGAGAUUGGCAGGAUUUGGGACUGUAGCAGAGCUUUAUUUACUGCAUAUUCUAGUGCCUUUAGGUCAUAUGACAGAGGCACGGGAGUUGGUUUUUGGUGAGGUGGGAGGUAUUGCAUUCACAGAGGACCAGAAACAAACAGCACUGGAUAUCGUGGAGAAUAAAGAGAACCUCAGCCAAGAACAACCUCCAAGCCCUAAUCCCAACACCAGUCCUGUGGUGGUGGUUGCUGGACUUAACACACCUCAAGGUGCUGUGAUUCAGAAACUUGAGGCCUUGCUUAGGCUUUUGAACAGAGGACUAUCAGUAGCCAGUGGUGGGUUAUUCCGUCUUCAGAGAUUUUUUCUGGCUGCGGUCCUUCUCUACAUGCUUUUUGUCCGAAUGGAUCCAGCUCAUCCCUCAUCUUUCCCCUGGAUCUCACAGAUGCUGCAGAUGCUAAAGCAGAUGUGGGAUGCCAUGUUUGCUCCUUACUAUCGAGCCAGAGCUCAGAGCUAAGAACUGUAAAACCAUACAGGCUGGUGCUGGGACAUUAUGGUUUAAAAUUGACUGAGAACCAAGAGCUCACCAUUGACCCUCACCAUGUAAAUACGAAUUAGUGACUGAGAUAAAGAGAGAAAUUAGGGGGGCUUUUGUUGGCAACAACAACAUUUAUACCUGUGAAGGCAGAAUGUGAACAGCAUGGAUACCUGUGAAGGCAGAAUGUGAUAGUAGUAGUCAGAAUUAAUUUCCUUGGUGUUGCAGAUUCAGUUGCUCCCAUAUAUUUGUGUGUGUGCGAGCGAGCCAGAAAGCGAUUGAGUGUGUGUAGCGACACAUUUUGUGUUGAUAUGAAUUGCCCAAUCCAAAACAACUGCUGUAAGCAAGCUAAUUGUAAUCAGAUGCAUGUCAGACAAAUUAUAACUUUUACAUGACAGUGAUAGAUUUUUAAUUGGGAAAAUGAUAAUUCUCUCAUUAUGAAUUACUCCAGUAUCUUUCAAUAGGGUCUGGCUCCAGCAGAUACCUUCUCAGGACACAGAUGCUGUGAGGUAUACGGGCUCAGACUGGUUGAAUGCUGCCAGAGAGGAUGGCGCAUGUAUUAGAUAGCUAGUGUGUACUAGGUUUACUAGCUAGCUAGUGUGUACUAGGUUUACUAGCUAGCUAGUGUGUACUAGGUUUACUAGCUAGCUAGUGUGUACUAGGUUUACUAGCUAGCUAGUGUGUACUAGGUAGCAGUGGUGUAGUGGGAGCUAUACGCAGGUAUACCCACUUUUUUUCAGUGGGCAUUGCGUAUUACUUCUUAAUCCCCACUGAUGCAUAUCCAAGUUAUACGCCAUACCAAUUAUGUAGUACAAUAGCAAUUAUGUAGUGCAAUAGCAAUUAUGUAGUACAAUAGCAAUUAUGUAGUGCAAUAGCGACAUCAUGCACACAGUAGCCUACAUAAUCGCAAAGCAUGUGAAAUAUAUUCACAUGCGCAGCACACACACAGCUCAUUUCUGCAGAAUAUCAGGCAGCAACCACACUCAAUUGGUUUUCGCAUUGGAGCAGCUCACAGAAUUGAACGACAUCAGUAGCUGGUAUUGUAGGAAAGAGGUUUCAACUUUUAUCUACCAGGAACUGAGGAAACAAUGGAACCAGGUAUUGAAAAAGUUUGGUCCGAAUUCUUGGUUGAAUCUUUGUAAUGCACAGUUCAGUCAUCAAGUGCUGUUUGAGUGAACAUUUCUAUAGGCUUCACCAAAAAAAACCUUGGUAAAGGGUUACCUGGCAGAAUUAAAUCAUGAUGAUUUGUAUCCAUUUGGAGGGCAUUUGUUUUGCAAACUCUGCCAUGUAGGCCUACAUUGUACAGUACAAACACAUGGCUAGCCAAAUGGUCACUUGCUAGGUGAGCAAUUCAAUUAAAAGGCAACUACACCCUACAAAUAUUUAUAUUUUUCCCAGACCAGAGAAAAUGGACUCCUGAUGUGUUUUAAGCAUUGUUGUGGACUUAGUUGUUUUCUAUUAAAAAGUGUGAUUUUGGGUGAACCUGAAAAAAUAUAGUAAAACAGAAGAAAAAAAACCUAGCAUUUUUCACACAGGGUACCCACUUCUCCAAGCACCACUGCUAGACAGGGUUUCCAGUUAGCCUGUAAUAGCUGUUUUUUAUUAUUAUUAUUUUUUUGCAGAUUAAGUAAAAUUGCCACCUGACAAUUGUCCGGGAGAAGGAAAAAAAUCCCAUUGCGAAAUAAUGCUUUUUAGCCUAUUAAUUGAUAGAAAUACCAGUUGAUGGAAAUACAUUUGACCAGUCAUGCUUAUUGGCCUAUGUCUUAAUUUGCAUAUUUUGUGGAAUUGAAUUGGCAUGUGUGUAUUAUAUUCCUUAUGUAUGUUAUUUAUCACAUGCACAGCAUACAGAUACACAGCCUUUUAGCGGAA